GAACUUGUAAGCUAACCAGUGUGGAGAGUGGUAAGGAGGGCAGCGGUGGACAGGCGAACUGAUGACAGCUGUCAGUGGGGACAAAAACACGAGCAAAUUCUGAAGACAGGACCAAUGUCGGACCCUUAAACCACCACGGGUUAUUUAUAAACGCCCAGAAGGUUUUUACAACAAUCAAAUUCACGCCAGUCACCGAAGGAGCUGCUACAGUUAGUGGGACAACAUGGGCACACAAGGCACUGGUCGGAAGCGUGCCCAACUAAAAGAUCGCUUCUCUGCAGAGGAUGAGGCCUUGAGCAGUAUUGCACGAGAGGCGGAGGCCAGGCUUGCAGCAAAAAGAGCAGCACGGGCAGAGGCCAGGGAUAUUCGGAUGAGGGAACUUGAACGUCAGCAGAAAGAGCUUUCUUACCGCUCGUCUAGCAGCAGUAGCAGCAAAAAAUGGGGUCAAAUCCACCAGUGGAUGGCUGACUCAGAAAAAGCUAGAGCCACUAGUAGUAGUAGAUCAAGCAGCCGUCAUCGGGGCCCAGAUGAUGAUGUCAUGUCUGUACGCAGCUACAGAUCAAGCUCAUCAGCCAUCCAUGACUUGGGCUCGAACAGGAGUCGAUCCAGCUCUCAUAGAAAAGACAUCUUGUCUGAUGGUGUGACAAAUAGCUCCGCUCUCAAGAGCUCGCGUUCCACUAGUUCUGUAUACAAUGAUCUACAUGGCCAUAAAAAGUCUACAUCUAGCUCCUCCAGGAAGGAUUUGCUGACUGGACUGUACCACGAUCAAAGGAAAUACACCAGCCUAUCGAAGACCAAACUUCUGCCUUCUUCUACCAUAUCCUCCUAUCAGCCACGGGGCAUCACUUCCUCCUCUACUUCCACCACUGUCACAGGGCUGCCACGUAGCUAUAGCAUGGCCUCUAUUUAUGACAACGCCGCUCUUUACGGCUCGAGUCUGGGUUCAAGAGCACCCUCUGAAUAUAGCUGGUACUCCUCUGGAGCCAGUUCCACUCGCAGCAGCCCUGUGUCUUCCUCAGAUGACGACAUUGUGAGCAGCGUAUCCCAAGAACGCUUGAGGAGAGGCCGCAGGGACAGUGCGUCAUCUGACUUCUCUGACAUUAGUGAGUCUGCAGCUGAUUAUUUCAGCCGCUCCAACAGGAGGGGCAGUAUUGUGUCUGAUCUGGAUGAUUUGAGCAUUCCAGAUCCGGAUGCUCUGGACGAAAAAUGUGACAAACAAUAUUCAGAUUACAGUCGGCCAUCUUCCCGCUGUGCCACCCCAGGCCUAUCAGCAGCAACCCUAGCCUCACUGGGUGGAACCUCAUCACGACGGGGCAGCGCAGACGCCGGCAGCGUCUAUGACCCAGACACUAGCUUGAGCGAACUAAGGGAUAUCUAUGAACUAAAGGACCAGAUUCAGGAUGUAGAAGGGCGAUACAUGCAAGGGCUUAAAGAGCUGAAGGAAUCCCUUACAGAGGUGGAGGAGAAGUAUAAGAAAGCAAUGGUAUCGAAUGCACAGCUGGACAAUGACAAAGGCAACCUCAUCUACCAAGUGGACACUUUAAAAGACGUCAUUGAAGAGAUGGAAGAGCAAAUGUCAGAGAUGAAACGAGAGCUGGAAGAAAAAUCAAAGGAACUAGAAAGGCAAAAGCACACAUGUACUGUCCUGCAGCAUAAACAAGAAGAAUUGAAAGAGGGAAUCCGUCAGAGAGAUGAACUUAUUGAGGAGAAUCAGCGAUUGCAGGCUAAGUUAGAUGUGCUCACCAGAGAGGUGUUUGACCUGCAGGAAACAAUAAACUGGAAGGAGAAAAAGAUUGGGGCCCUAGAGAGGCAGAAAGAGUACUUUGAUUGCAUUAGGAAUGAGAGAGAUGAGCUCAGACAUGAGCUUGCUGACCUCAAGGAAAAUGCCAGAUCAAAAGAGACACACGGACUAGUCAUCAUUCCAGAUGGCACACCAAAUGGAGAUAUCAGCCACGAGACCGUGUCCCCAGGAAUCACCGUGGUCUCGCAAGAAGCCGCCCAGGUACUGGAAUCUGCAGGAGAGGGUCCACUUGAUGUGAGGCUACGGAAGUUAGCUGAGGAAAAGGAUGAGCUGUUGGCUCAGAUCAGGAAAUUGAAGAAUCAGUUGGAGGAGGAGCGACAGAAACACUCAAAGGUGGACAGUGUGUACGUAGACGGCGAGAAGAUGGAGAACGGCACCGAACUCCACUUCAUUGAAAUGCAGAGAGACGCCAACAGACAGAUUAGUGAAUACAAAUUCAAGCUUUCAAAGGCAGAACAGGAAAUGGGUACAAUGGAACAAAAUAUAAAUAGGCUUGAAGGGCAAGUGUCCAGGUACAAGACGUCCGCAGACAACUCUGAGAAAAUAGAAGAUGAGCUUAAAGCAGAGAAACGCAAACUCCAGAGAGAGCUACGCACAGCUUUGGACAAGAUCGAAGAGAUGGAGAUGACGAACAACCACCUCGUAAAGCGGUUGGAAAAGAUGAAGGCCAACAGGAACGCCCUCCUUUCCCAGCAGUGAGGCAAAGGCGGCAUCACCGCAGAAGCCCUUAAAGUCGCACCGCCGACGGCCAUGUAGCGCCUGCCCUCCAAGCUCUCACACCUGAACAUGUGUAGCUCAGCAAAAACUCUCCAUGUCACGAAAGAAUGAGCAGACCUGCCUUUCUUUGCAAACCAAAUGUUUUGGUUUGUCCCAGCCAGCAGUUGCCAAGACUCAAAUGCAACAAAUUAUAACAUCAAUGGGAGAUAACAGUACAUGUGAGGAAAUAUCCUGUUUCGUUUUUGUUCUGCAACAUUUUAGUCACAUGAUUUAAGUUCAUUCUGGCUGGGUGCUUGGCUGUUCUUUUUUGUUUGUUUUGGUUAAGUUGCAUGAAUGAGUAUCCUGAUGCUUUUAAAAGGACUGUCACAGCUGCUCUGGCCCUGCACCUUCCAGCUUCCCUCACACAAGCCAAGUGCCUUCUCCAUCAAACAAUAAUGGUUUUAAUUGGUGGUACAAUAUGUAUUUAAAGAGGUGCAAAUGGAAAAUAUAGCCAGCCAACUGCUGCAACUUCCUUCACUUUUUUUGUCAAAUAUUUAAAAGAUUUCUUGAAAAUGAAUGUGUAAUUUGCAGAAUUGUGUAAACCGUAUUUUAUUUCAAACAAUCCCAUGUGCAAAUGC